AUGCCGCGCUUGGACGAUAAGUUCAAGGUCGAGAGCCCGAGCAUCCCCCAGAACGCGUCUUUCGUCGUCCUGUGCGGAUGGUACAAGGCGAAAGAUGCUCAGUUGAAGCGUUACAGCGACGUUUUGCGAGCGAACGGCGCGGUCGUGUUGCGGACGAUCAUGCCUCCGGAAGACGUGUACACGCUGCGCGAGAGCAAGAGAAUCGAGAACGCGAGAGCGCUCCUCGCGGCGACGCGCGAGGUGCGCGACGCGCGCGGCUAUCAAGAGCUUCCCUUGUACCUGAUGUUCAUGAGCAACGGAGGCUGUAACUUCCACGCCGCGAUGUCGAGCGAGAAGAUGUUGUCUGAUGAAGGCGAGUUCGCGGACCUGCAUCACGCGAUCGAUGUGCUCGGCGGCGGACUCAUCUUCGACUCGUGCCCGUGUUACCUGGACACGAAGAUCGCGACGAAGGUUUUCACGAUGGGCAUGCCGUCCGCGCUGGCGCGCGUCGCGUCGUGCGCCUUUCGACUGUCGUGCGCGCUGGCGGCGGCGGCGAAUUUCGUCACGCGCGGGUACGCGCCGCCACUGCAGUACGAACCGUUCUGGCGGAAGGUUCGCGACGCGCCGCCGCGACGCGAGCUUUAUUUGUUCUCCGAGGCGGACGACAUCUGCGUCGCGGACAAGGUGGACGAGCUCGUGAGAGAACGCGUGCGCGCGGGCGCGGCCGUGAAGGCGAAACGUUGGGAAAAGGGAAGGCACGUCGCGCAUCUGUACGGCGAGAACCGAAAGGAGUACCUUGCUCUGAUAGAGGAGUUCAUGCGGCCGUCGAGGAUGUCAUGCGGUCUUGAGUUCUACCUCGGCGAGUUUUCUGAUGUCGUGUUCACGUGA